AGCCAUUCUUCGUUCAGCUUCAGGGAAUAGGCGUAGCGGCCAGAAAAACAAAAAAAGCGCCGCAACGUCGCCCGCCACCCUGGCGGCGCGCGGGCGCCCCUGCUCUUUUCGCGCGCCCGCGGCCGCGCCCCAUGUUAGCUUGCUCGAAAACCGCGGGAGCAUGGCGCGCGAUGGGCCAGGUGUUUCGGCGGAGGCGUCGGACCUCGGCAAGCGGUUCACCGCCCAAGCGGAAGAGGCCCUAAAACAAAGCCGCUAUCGCGCGGGGCUGCGCCUCCGGUUCAUUAUUUUACUUGCGUGGCAUGCCCCCGCGGGCGCGCGGAAGCCCCCGCCGGUAGCCGCGCCAGCGGGCCCGCUCGCAAGGGCCCGCCGAAGUGCCGUGGCCCGUUUCGGUUCCUUGCGAUGUUUGGCUUUGCCGGGGUCGUGCGCUCAUCCAUGCAUCCGAAGCAGCCGCAGGUAAGGGCCGGAGGGACUUACGCCUGCCUCCCGGCCCUCGCCGCGCCGCCUUUGUUUCCAUCGGCCCGCCAUCUCUGUGGCUAGAGGGCCAGCUUGGCCGGAGGCGGGUGCCGUCCGGUUAGCUUCGCGUGCUCGCUGGCCGCCGGCAGCGGAUCGCUCGGCCCGCCGUGCUUUUGAUUUGCCCCCCGGGAGAGGGUGUUUUCUUUGUCGCUGUAGAACUUAGAGCCCG